UCAACGGCAAUCGGCAACAUCAAGCCGACUCCUCAUGGCACCAUCAGCAGAGGCAAAGCGCCUAGAAAAGCUUGAGUCCGGAAGGGCCAAAAGUAAAGAGGAGGUGCUGGCAGAGGCUAGAGCUUUUGUCAGCACAAAUGGUGGAGACCCCAGUGACCAGUUUUUAGUUCUCGCUCACUGCAAACUUCAGUUUGGGAAGUACCAAGGCCAGCGAUUUAGAUGGCUCCUGGAAAACUCUCUGGGGUAUGCAGUGUAUUUGGUGCUUAGCAGUUCCAGUGAGAAAGCCCAUCCAAACCCGCUGUCAGAAAACAAACAGCUGUACCUGCAGUAUACUUCUCUUAUAAGAGAGAUGGCAGAAGAAGUGGAGAAGUAUAAGAGAAAGCAGGAAAUGCAAGCAGAAGCCCAUGCAACUGGAGACCAAGGCUGCUUGAUGGUGGAGUUUGGUGACUUCCAGGGCCGGUCCAUGAAGGAUGUUUAUGAGGACCAGAGCAAGCAGGCCCAAGCCCUCAUCAGGUACCUGAUAAAGGCAAAUCCCAACCCCAACACCAACAUGGCCAUUUUCAAGACGUAUGUCUUGAAAAGACAGGCUUCUGCUGUGGGCACCCGUGUAUGCCAGCCUGCACCUCAAGUUGCAUCCUCCAGUGCCUCUGCACCUCCACCUGCAACCUCCAGUUCCUCUGUACAUCCACGUGCAACCUCCAGUGCCUCUGCACCUCCACCUGCAACCCCCAGUUCUUCUGUACCUCCACCUGCAACCUCCAGUGCCUCUGUACGUCCACGUGCAACCUCCAGUGUCUCUGCACCUUCACCCGCAGCCAUCAAAACUGGUGUACACCAGAGCGCCACUGUGAAAGCACUGUUGACGCGUGGCAAACAUUUGUCUCCUUCACACCUGGCGAGAAAACUCAUGUCACCAGUGAAACACUAUCCAUUGCUGCAGUCCACUUUACCUCCUCCAGCAGCAGAACCCCCAGUCACACAUUUGACCCGAAGGCAGCUUUUCACUACUGGCACUUCCGUUUCCACUGCUGAAGAUGAUGAUGAUGAGGAACUGGUAUUUGCUGCAUCACAAUGUGAAGCACAGCUAAAUACAGAAUUAUGUCAGAUCUUGCCUCAAGCUGGAUGUAUGCUUUGAGCGCAUUUCUUCGAAACCGUAAGGAUGUUUAAAGGUGUCAGUGUAUUUGGGUUUCCGAACGUACCCGUUGUUAAACAAUCACUGCAUAACUUCUUCACACCGCUUGCACUUCUCACUCACUCUUUAGCUCCACCUUAGCAGACAGGAUGGUUGGGAUCAUUGUUGUAAUUAUUAGAGGAACAUCUUUUCCUUAAUGUGUCUGUGUGCAUGCUUCAUGUCUGUGGGCAUCAUUCAUUUAUACUGAAUUCUCCACGCCUCAUAUCCUUGCUCCAUUCUAUCUAAUUUACACAUCAACAUUUUAUCCCAGCAAGCAAAAACCGAAACCCAAUGUAGUCCAGCUAUGAUUAAUCCACUUCUACCCUAAAAUAACCUUGAAUACAUUUUUAUGCUGUUCUUGCCUAAAUAACUUUGAGAUGUAUGAUAUUCCAUUAUGUAAGCAAAGUCAACAGGUGUUCAAGGUGUUUGCUUUCAUUUCUUUUAUAUUUCUUGUAUCAUCUAUUUGUGUGCUAUGGUUAGACAUCUGUUAGACUUUCAUGAGCAGCCCAAAUUCUGCCUUAUUUUAGUCAAAAUUGCUUGCUGGGAUCUUACAUUAAUAAAGUGUACACUGGGUUCUUUGCUUCUUAACACUAGUACCAUUUUCCUCACUGUUAUUCCUAAAUCUAAUCCUAAUAAUUAUUAAUACUUGUCCAAAAUUCUGCUUCGCAGACUGUUUGUGGGCUGCUUUGUGGUAUUUUACUAUGAAAUGCAACAUUCAUCCUUAUAUUGUUUUUGUUUUAAUUCACUCAGAGACCUGUUCUGGUCCGUCUCCAUCAGCGGAAACAGCAAAAGCACCAGGUCUUCCACAUCAUCCACCACCAGCUGAGCUUCCAGUUCACUGGAAAGAUCAUCUUCCACCUUUCCAGCAUGAGUGGAUACGGAACACACUAUUU